UUCAACUCAAUUUGAAAACGGCCUAAGGUCAUUCUUCCAUCUUUCUUAACCAGAACAUUGUUGAUUUUGAAAAAGCAUAUUAAACAAACUUACCUGAAACGUUUAUUCUCAGAAUGAAUAGAAGCUCACUCCGACUUGAAACAAGAAGCCGAGCAAAAGAUAAAGAUGAGAUUAAACGAGCAAUGCUCACCAUCGAGAAGGUUAGAAAAUGGGAAAAGAAGUGGGUACAUAUUGGUCCAACAAACUGCACAAUGAAAAUUUUCAAAUGGAUUCCAGUUCAGAAAGAAGAAACUAAGGGUAAAAAUGACCCUGAUGGAUCAAAAACUGAUGAUUUGAAAGUUGAAAAUGGAUUUACAGCUAACCUGAUGGAUGAGACAAAUUCAAAUAUGAGCUUUCCAUCUCCUGCUCCAACAUCAGAAGACUCACAAGACACUGUAUCAGAAUUACAGUCAAAGAAAAAUAAUGAUGACUCAUUUCUUAAACCAUUAGUUUCAGUAAACGAGGAUAGCAACACUGGCAUGUCAUUUCCAAGUUUUAAUUCGACGGAAAAUUCGAAUUUGAAUGAAGACAGUUUGGACAUUGCACUGCAAACCUCGCAAUCACUGGAUGACUCUCUAGCCGGUUUUAGUCAAAGUCUCAUUCAGGCAGCGAAUGCUGUGGGACAGCAAGCAGACAAACAAAAUUGUAGUCCGAAAGAAAAACGCACCCAUGCAAUGGUUACAACUGUGCCUGAGGAAGAGGUUUCAAAUGAUGAACCAUCCACCAAGAAACAAAAACUGCAAGACAAGUCAAGUGGGAGCCUAAGCUGAUUAUUUCAGAAUUAUAGUAAAUGUAUAUUGAAUAAUGAAAAACAUUUACUUAGGCAAGUUUUUAUUAUCGAGGUGUUUUAACUUCUAUGGUCUUGUUAAUUAGUUUAAGAAUGAUAGAGGCAUGUAGGCAUUUUCUUACAUCAUUUUACAUAAAUAAAAAGAAGUAUGCCACCAAGAUUUGUUUGUUUUACUUCAUACUUUGCCUUGAAAUUCACAUUUGCUUUGUCUCAUGUUUUCCUUGGUCUGACUUUUCUCCCGGGAGCUAUAUUUCAAGGUAAAGUAGAUGCAAUUUUUGUAAUUUAAGGAAACUCUUCCUCUUAAUUGGCCCAGUACAAUGACUACUUUUUUGGGUAGAUUUUGGACACGUUUUCCGGAAUCAUUUUUAAUCAAUAUAAGUUAGCCUUCUCCGAAAACAAUAUAAGUUAGCCUCCUUAUUUUUAUUGUUUCAAAACGUUUGUUGAAACUGUUUUACUACGGAAACAUAUUCUGGAAACGUUUAAACUAGUGUUCUGCAAACAUUACUUGACAACGUUUGUACCCUGGGUGCCAAAGCCUCAAUGAAAGAGUGGGUAGUAUGGUAUCAACCAUCACUUUUACUGAGUCUCUGGUACCCAGGGUACAACCUUUGGUACCGUUUUCAGAAACUUUAUUUGAAAACGUUUGAAAUCAUGUACCGGAAAAGAUAUUCUGAAACGUUCACGAAAGAUUUUUGAAAAUGUUUGAUUUUGGUGUGUUUAGAAAAAUCUAACCCACUGUAGUCGAUUUUGUGUAAUUUCGUAAAUAGCAAAUGAGGACCCAAGGAAAAAUUAUGCAGAUGAGAAUGAUUCAAUGUGCGUUUGCAAAUUAUAAAAAGGUAGUUUCUGCUGUGACUGUAAGACUUAAAAAAUUGUGAUGAGAAUAUUGAAAAUGAGAAACUGUUCUAAAUAAAUUGAUGAAAACAUAAUCCUGUUUUCCAAACAGGUUUGUUACAUCUAGUGUUUUGUAAGAAAUCAUUAGUGGACUUCGUUAUGUGUAGCUACAGUGUAAGUAGCCAACUGUAGAACAACUGUUUUAUUUAGUAGCUUGAUAAAAAAAAGAAAUGAUAAAUUGUAUUUAUGAAGAAUGAUAAAAAUUG